CAUUCAACGAAAUAACUUCCAGAAUGCGCGCGGUGAUUGCGUGAAUAUUAGUGAUAGCGAGAGUGGGGGUCAAAAUUGUGGAUUCAGCCUUGAUUUCUGUUAUACCUCACAUGGAAUGGGAGGGAAGGACCCAAGGCUUCGCCAUUGAACAGAGGCAUAGCCCUUCCUUCAGCUUCUCUCUCUUUCUCUGGCGCGAUAGGGAGAGAGAACGGCUUCUUGGGCUGUUCAUAGCUGUAUGCGAGCAUGUCUAUGUACCUGCAUUGUACCUCUUUGAAUUAGUAAUGCUCGCUCAUGUUUGAUCGUUCGUUUUCUUCGGGAGCUGCCUUUGGCCUGUACCGAUUGAAUGACGACAAAAUGAUUUGAUCAAUGGGUGAUAUUUCCCGUAGGGAUACAGACGGUGCGAUUGAACAGGAAUAAUCGUUGAACCCGAAGUCCUCGUCUCCGUGUCUUGCAUUAUUAAAAUUUGUCCGGUUGGGGGGAAUUAAUGAGGGAAACACCUCGAUCAAAUGGCCAUGAAGAGAGAAUUUUUGUUUCGGUUAGAGUAAGGCCUUUGAACGAGAAAGAAAAAGCCAGGAACGAUGUAUCAGAGUGGGAAUGCAUUUCUCCCAAUUCCAUCCAAUGCAAGAACACCUUUUCAGAAUCCUCCUCCUCAAUGGAUACCUACACGUUUGACAAUGUGUUUCGGGAUGGUUGCUCCACACAGCAUGUAUAUGAGGCAGGGGUCAAGGCAGUUGCUCUUUCGGUGCUUGGUGGUAUCAAUUCUAGUGUUUUCGCAUAUGGGCAAACCAGCAGUGGAAAGACAUAUACCAUGACUGGAAUUACUGAACUUGCAGUGAGAGAUAUAUACGACUAUAUAGAGACGCAUCAAGACAGAGAAUUUGUUCUGAGGUUUUCUGCCAUGGAGAUCUAUAAUGAAAAUGUCAGAGACCUUCAAAGUGCAGAUAAUAACCCCCUUAGACUUCUAGAUGAUCCAAGGAGAGGGACAAUCGUUGAGAAACUUAAAGAGGAGCUUUUGACAGGGAGGAGCCAUUUGCAGCAACUCCUGUCUAUAUGUGCUGCUCAAAGGACAACAAAAGAGACUUCCGUGAAUGAAACUAGCUCCAGAUCUCAUCAAAUUCUUCGAUUGACGAUUGAAAGUUCUCCUAGUCAUUGUGCAGGCACUAGCAGGUCUGGCAUUCUCGUAGCUAGUGUGUAUUUUGUUGAUCUUGCUGGAAGUGAGCGAGCUUCUCAAGCACUAACAAAAGGUACAAGACUGAGAGAAGGUGGCCAUAUAAAUCGCAGUUUACUAACCCUUGGAACAGUGAUCCGGAAACUAAGCAAGGAAAGAAACGGACAUAUACCUUAUAGAGACUCCAAGCUAACUCGCAUCUUACAAAACUCUUUAGGAGGCAAUGCCAGAACAGCCAUCAUUUGCACCAUUAGUCCAACACGCAACCAUGUUGAGCAAUCUAAAAAUACCCUGUUUUUUGCUGGUUGUGCAAAACAAGUUGCUACUAAUGCUCAAGUCAAUGUCAUGAUGUCAGACAAGAUUUUGGUAAAGCAUCUGCAAAAGGAAUUGGCUAGAAUGGAGAAUGAGUUAAGGAGCCUUGCUCCAAACACUGUGAUGCUUAAGGAGAAAGAACUUCAGAUUGAACAGAUGAAUGAAGUGAUAAAAGAAUUGACUCGGGAACGUGAUACUUUCCAAUCUCAUGUUGAAAAUUUGCUUCAGUCGGUAGGGAAAGAUCAGCUUCUGAGUGUAUAUAGAGAUAUGGCCUCAGAAUGCUCAGGUUUUACAAAUAAUCUUCAUCCUGAUACGGAUCCAAGAACAGGCAACGCGUCUGAGGUUUCCAAUGAACCAAGACGUAUUGAAACACUGUUGAAUAAGCACCUUGCUCAACAGCCUGAGAAUCCUGAAGACAAUUUUCUUUUGGAUGGACAUACUCCUGAGUUUAUUGGGCCUGAUCCAUGUAAGGGUUGGGAAGAGAUAGCUGGCAGAGUUAAUCCUGAAUAUGGAGAUAACUGUAGGGAAGUUCAUUGCACUGAAGGCCACGAAGUAGAUGUUAAUUUGUUCGUUGCUGCUUUAGAAGAUAUUGGAGGAAAAUCACCCAUGAGACUUGUCAAGAAUGGUGAUGCCAAAUCAUCAAAAGAGGAUAAUGAGUUGAUUCACGAACCUAUAGACAAUAACCAAGAUGUUCUUCAGCAAAAAAUUGAGGACCUUCAAAGAACCAUUGAACGUCUUGGAGACUUCGCAGAGAAAUUCAACAGGUCUUCUGAAUUAUAUAUUUCCCCAUCAAGUAGUUUCCAACUCACUAGAAGCAAUAGUUGCAGGUCAGUUGUGGCUGCUACAUGUCAUCUUAAGUUUGACCAGGUGGAUCAGGAAAUAACUCCACAUUCUCAGCCUGGUAAGUUGGAGUUUGAAGAGAUGUUAUCUCCUCAGCUUGAUCAGCCAGACCAUAUAGUCAUGUCACCUUCUAAGUUCAAUAAGCCAGAUAAGGAACCUGUAUCACCUCCCCAGUUUGAUGAUAAGUCACAGUUUAAAACUUUGUUACUUCCUCAGUUCAAAAAGCCAGAAGCGGAAACAGUUACAUCACUAGCUAAGGUUGAGAAAGAAAACCCUACGAGUUCACCAUACUUUCAUGACAAACUUUCUGAACGGAAAUUUCAAGCCAAAAAAUGGAAAUCAUCGAAAGAACAUCUUCAAACUCACCAAAUGGUUGCUUUAGAUGAAGUGGAAUCUGUUAUGGACUCUGAUGUGGAAGAUACUGCUAGUGUCCUCAAUUUUGUCGUGAAAAUAAAUGGAAGGUCGAAGACAGCACGACUGAAGGACUUUGAUGAUCUUAUGGUUCAAUCCACGACACAUGGCUUCAAUAAUGAAAUGGGCAAAGCUAGACUUGCCAACUUCCAAGGAGUACCGGGAGUUUCGUUGCCUUCUAAAUUUGAGAGGCAGCAGAGAUACAUGGUCGAACUUUGGGAUGCUUGCAAUGUACCGCUGGUUCAUAGAUCCUAUUAUUUUCUUCUUAUCGUAGGUGAAUUAUGGGAUCCUAUGUACUUGGACAUUGAGCUCAGACGUUUGUCCUUCCUAAAGGAGAAAUUUUCUACUGGAGCCCCUAUGAUAGAAGACAGUCAGAAUCUCACGCCUGAUUUGAGCCGCAUGGCACUUGAUAGCGAGAGGAAGAUGCUAAGUAAAAAGGUCCAUAAGAAGCUCUCAAGGAAGGAAAGAGAGAAAUGUUACCUGAAUUGGGGUAUUGAUUUGAAGUCAAAGCACAGGAGUAUACAAUUGGCAUGGCGACUGUGGACGAAUACGCAAGACAUGGAGCACUUAAGAGAAAGUGCCAUACUCGUUGCAAAGCUGAUUGGUCUGACGGAGUCGAAUGAGGCGCAGAAGAAGACUUUUGGACAUAACUUCUUAGCCUUAUUUAAGAGCCGUAAAUCCCUCAGUUUUGGAGUACGCUAUGAUAUAGCCCAUGAUGAUUCUUCUUCUUCAUUGCGAAGAAAAGUAAGAUGACUCUAGUGAUAAUAAUAACAAUCAUUUUUUUUUUUCAUAUGAAAGUGUUUCUCUUAUUAUAGUAGGAUUAUUCGUACCAGGCCUUCUUCUUCCCCAUAUCUUAGUCUGAAAAAUCAACCCUUACUAACCGCCUCCGUGGUAAGAGGGUUUAUUAUUAUUAUUACUAUUUGUAACAGUGGUUGAACGCUCUGAACUUUGAAGUGGGGUUUAGUAAAUUUGGGCUUUGAAAUGGGCUGAUUGACAGUA